AUGAAUUAUCAAAGUGUGCGAAAUAUUUUUCGUCGAUGUAGUAGAGCUGCUCAUUUCAAACAUCUUUCCAAAAAUUUCGUAUCAGCGUUUGAGAAUCAUGAUUUCACAGAUUUCACUAUUUCAGUGCAAGGCAAAGAUUAUCCGGUUCAUAAAAUUAUUUUAGCUUCUUGUAGCGAUUACUUCGCCAAAAUGUUCAAAUCUGGUAUGAAAGAGACUGCAGAAAAUCGUGUAGAAAUCACUGACGUAGAUGAGGUUGUUAUGGGUAAAAUAUUGAGCUUCAUUUACACAGGUAAAUGCGAAAAUGCGAGUACGGAUAAUUCAGUCUACGAUUUAAUAGCUGCUGCUGACAAGUAUGAUUUAGACCAUCUGAAAAAACUUUGCGAAGAUUCAGUUUAUAAAUCUCUAUCGGUAGAGAGUGCGUUGAAUGUUUUGAUAUUGGCUGAUCAGUUUAACCCUUUCGGCUACGAGACAAACUGA